GCGAUGAGGCCAUUUUCGCUGUGUCAUACGACACUAAACUGAAUUCAGUCGCCGUGAUGCUGCCUUGCAGGCACACGCUCGCUUCUUGCGCGACUGCGAAAAGCAAGGCGGGAUGGGUGAGCACGUUGCUUGGCCGUGCUGGUAGUGGUGCUGGUCGGGGUGCGGUCAGAAGCAGCUUGAGGACUUGCGCGCGCAGCGCAAGCAGUGAUAAGGGUGGUGGGAUCGAUGGCGUGGGUGGAACGCGCGAGCGACACAAUCAGCCCGAGCAGUUGUCUUGUCAUGUGGCGGUUGUGGGAUCGCCAAACGUUGGCAAGUCGACUUUGGCCAAUGCGAUUGUCGGUGCAAAGGUGGCUGCCGUGUCCCCUCGAGCUCACACGACGCGGCGAGAGGUUCACUGCAUUUGGACGCACGACAACACACAAGUGGUUCUGUCCGACACACCUGGCCUGGUCAGCCAUCAGCUUGCUCGCAAACUGCGAACGCCAAGAUCGUUGCUGAUAGAUCCACGAAACGCCAUCUUUGACUCUGAUAUUGUGGCUGCGGUUGUGGAUGACACGACCGUGUUGGAUGAGCGGAGAUGGCAUGCCCUGCGCAGCCCGCAGCGCUUUCUCAACACCAUCGGCACGUCGCUUGAUCGAGCGCUCACGGGAAAGCGCGCGUUUCUCGUCAUCAACAAGGUGGACUGUGUACCGCAACAACAGCAGCUGGAUGCGUUUGUGGCGUUUGUACAGCAGCAUGCGCGUGCUCGCAGUCACACCGCCAACCACGGUGCUGACAGCGAUUGCCAUGGCAGUCGUGGUGCUGGUGUGAGCAUCGACCAAAAAGGGGCAAUUUGUAGUGCUGACGCAGAAGAGGAUGGAAGUGGUGUUGUGUUUGAGCGCAUCUUUCCCGUGUCCGCACUCGAUCCCGCAACACUCGGCGACCUCAAGGAGUAUUUGCAGGCGCAGGCGCUUCCAAAGCCAUGGCAGUACGACAGCGGUCAGGUCACCUCGCACUCCUUUCCCGAACUCUUGCUGGAGAUUGUUCGCGAACAAAUGUUUCUGCGAUACAAACAGGAGAUCCCAUAUGUGCUGCAACACAACCUGGACAGUUACGAAGUGGACGAGGACGGUGUGUUGAGGAUCUACUGGACCAUCUCGACGGAACAGCGCAGCCAAAAGCCAAUUGUGAUUGGAAAGAAAGGAGCAUCCAUUCGAGAAGCAGCAACUGCUAUUCAGGACACGCUUGGGAGUCAGCUGGGUAUGCCGGUGAUUAUGAACAUCAGAGUCAUGUCACGAGGAAACAAGUCAAGAUGACGACCUGCCCAUGUCCUGUUUGCUGCUUAUGAUGUGAAAUGGCUUGGCUCAUGCACCGUGCUGUGUCCGACUUGUAAUUGAAACAUCAAGAGGCUUGUCCUGCAACCCUG